AUGGUGAUCACUGUAGAUCAACAACAAGAUAUUGGAAAGGCUAUAUCAUGUGCAGCUCAAUAUGUGCGCAAUGCUGACGUACUAUUGAUAGCAGCGGGUGCUGGAAUGGGUGUUGAUGCUGGCAUUCCAGAUUACUACGGUGGCAUUCAUAUUGCACAUCCACGUCUAGCAGAAAUCGGACUAAGUCUAUAUGACUUAUCCAAUCAUGCAUUGUUCGAGCGCAAUCCCGCAUUAGCUUGGGGACAUUGGACUACGAGACAGCGUGAAUACAUGAAUGUAAUGCCACAUGUUGGGUAUCAUAUGCUUCAUACUUGGAAUAAAUGUAAUAAAAGCAAUGUACGUGUUAUAACAACAAAUUUGGAUCACCAUUUUGUACGUACAGGUUUCUCACUCGACAGUAUAUUUGAGAUGCAUGGAUCAAUGUAUGAUGCACAGUGUGUGCAUGGCUGUGGUGUAAGUCCAUGGCCACUUGAUAUUGAAAAUAUGCCAUCAGUUGACUUGGACACAAUGCUACUACUUGAACCACCACCACGAUGUAUACAAUGUGGUGGUCUAGCACGUGUAUGUACCCAAUUGGCGGUUGAUGAUCACUGGAAUGCACCACAUGUUGAGGUUGCACGUAUGCGUCACGAGACAUUCUUUCGUGAAUUGUCAGCUGAACAAGCACUGACUGUUCUAGAAAUUGGAUGUGGUACUGUGAUGAACAAAGUGCGGACAGAAGCAGCACGUAUUGUAGCAGAACACCGCAUACGUGGAGGUCGUGCAAUACAUAUUCGAAUUAAUUCAUAUCAAGCAAAUAUUGAUCAGCAUGAAGAUAACAUUUCGUUGCCUCUUGGUGCAUUAGAAGCAUUACGCAAAAUCAAUCAGUUGGUAACCAAUUGA